AUUGGGCAAAUUACAAAGAAAAUGGGUAAGUGUCUUCUGAAUAAAGUUCCUUGCAAAAUUUAUCAAGUUUCAACAAAAGGAAAGUGGUGAUCUACUCUUUCCAAAACUUUUCACAGAUCCAUGAUGUAGUAGCUUGUUUUAAACUUCAUUUUAUAACAAAUCAUUUUUCUUUAUUUUUAAUAAUGAGGUUGAUUAGAAACAAGGAGGGUAACCCUUCAGUAUUAUAAAGAUUUUCCUAGUUUUAAUACUAUUGGCAUAUGAUUGGGAGUUCCAGACUCUUAUGACUUCUCUCUAUUUUCCUAAACCAGAUUUUAUUUUGGAAAUAUUUGUGAUAAAAGUUCGAGUGUACUUAGAGAGUUAAGUUUUUAUUAGUAUUGUCUUAAGGUGUUAAGGGUCUGAAGUCAAUUAAGGAAUCAAAACUUAUUUCUUUAUGCAAGUUGGAUUAUAAUUAUAUUUUUGGAUUUUAAGGAUUACUUUUCCUUUCCAAUGACGGACAUUUCCAACCUUGAUAUAUUGCAAAAGUUUUCAAAUAAGAUGAUUUAAUCUAAAAUUGAAAUUAUUCGAAAUAUCUACCUAAAUUCAGAAAUUUCAAUGACUUAAUAAAAAACCAAGUUGAUAAAGAAUAUAUUUUUGAUCACGACCAGACCGAUAUUGAGAAUGACGAGAUGGAUGAAAGCUGAGGAAUAAACCAAGUUUCAAGAUCUCUUCAGUUCACUAACAAACUUAAGAGAGAUAAAGGUUCCGUCUCUUGUCAUAAAACAGAGAGACUCCAGGUCAACCUUGAUAAGAAGAAAUACUAUGUUAAGUGUAAAUCCCAGCAAAGAAGAGAGAGCAAUACCUUUAGAAUGGGUCCAAAUAUUCGCUCUCCCCUAGACCAGCAUCGCAAAUAUUUCCCUAUUUCCAAAUCCAAAGCAUACUCAUCAAGGAUGCUUCUCCUAUUCAUGAACAAAUAACUUGUACCUUUAUAAUUUCAGAAUUAAUUCUAUUGCGGACCAUAUUUAUAAC